AUGAAGGUUGUGUCCUCAAACCUGCACCAAAUGUUGAAAUACCCUCAUGAGGGAGGAGUGGCAACCGUUGUUGGGAAUUCAUCUAUUCUUCCACCGCUAGAGGUAACUAUACCUUUGUUAGAAAUCAAUCACGCUGAUGAAGAUGUAUUUCUUUCGAGAUUCACUCUAGCGGAAGCCCAAGUGAUACAGACAAUCUUAGUCGAGGACGAAGAUAGUGAUGAAGAGGGGCCUAAUCUAAGUAUCGAAGUUGGCCAGAGCAAAGAGGACGAUUCAGACUACAGUAAGGUUGUAGUAGGGAUUGCAUUGGUUGAUCUCUUAACAGGUCCUGAGACUAGUACGGAGGACUUCAGGGAUACCUUUACUGUCUCUAUGAUCGGAGAGGAAACGUUUUCUAUGGGUGUUUUAUGCUCUUGUAUUCAUGAAUAUGCUUCUUUGUACGUGAUCAUGUCUUGUCUCUGGAAAAAAGGGAAGAAGUUUCGAUGGGACGAUCGAUGUCAAUUCACCUUUAAACAAGUCAAGCAGUACCUUCAGGAUCUACCUGUAUUGUUGCCACCAGAACUAAAGAAGCCGCUAAUCAUGUAUUUGUUGGUAACAAAUUCAACCAAGGGGUGCAUACUUUCUCAAGAAUCAGAAGCUAAGGUGGACAAAGCCAUCUAUUAUCUGAGCAAGAAGAUGUUGGACUACGAGACCCGCUAA